ACCGGGCGGAGUUCCAGCUGCACCGCGCUUCAGACGAGCUCUGUGGAAAUAGCAUCAUAGUUUUAGACAACUACUCAACUGCCGAGGUCACUUCAACUCUGAGCAAAUCCACACGUACGGCGCUCGCACAUUCCUCCUGCUGCCUCAGUCGAAACGAAGUGGAACAAUUUACUCAGUCGGGAGGCUGCAUCCAUACUUUAAACAACUUGGGACGAAGAAGAAUUGAAUACAUUAACUGAGCGCAUGAAAUGAUAUUCUGUUAAGGAGAAGAACGUUGCAAGAACAUUGUGUACUGCAAUAUUUUGGUACUCGCACUAUACUAUCGCGGAACAAAAAGCAGGAUUUUUUUGCAAGGACUGGACCUGACAUUCAUUCCAAAUUGAGAGGAAACAAAAUCUGCACACUUCUCGUGAAACAAGCAACACAUGUAUAUUUAUUGAUAUAGCAUUUUGUCUAAAACUGGUGCACGUUAAUAUGAACGUGCAGUGGACCAGUCCGGUGCCGUCUGUACGCAAUAGGAGACACAAAAGAAUUGACUCCGACGAGCCGGUGUAUAAGUGCCCGAGGUUGAGCGAGUCUUCGAGUGAUGCGGGUUACCUCAGCAGCUCACCCGGGUCGCCCGUGUGGGCGGCUCCUUACAGCGCUACCCCAACCCACCAAGGUCCGUCCCGAAUCGGUCAAUUCCUGCUGAUGCCCAGCACGGACAGGGACGGAGUUCACAGCGCCUUAAAUAUCUGUACAGGAGAGGAGUUCGUGUGUAAGGUGUUUAACAUGGCUCACUACCAGGAGAAGAUCAGGGCUCACAGUGUACUGCCUGCGCACAAGAACAUCUCCGCCAUCAAAGACAUCAUCCUGGGCGACCGGAAGGCCUACGUCUUCCUGGAGAAGGACUACGGUGACAUGCACAUGUUUGUGAAGAGCUUCAAGAAGCUGGGCGAGGAGCUGGCGGCCCGGCUCUUCUACCAGGUGGCAUCGGCCGUGGCCCACUGCCACCAGUCGGGCAUCGUCCUGGGCGACCUCAAACUCAGGAAGUUCAUCUUCUCUGAUGAGAAGAGAACCCAUCUGAAGCUGGAGAGCCUGGAGGACUGUCAUGUGCUGGAGGGGGAGGAUGACUCCAUGUCUGAUAAGCAUGGCUGCCCUGCCUAUGUCAGCCCUGAGAUCCUCAACAGCUCCGGCUCCUACUCGGGGAAGCAGGCAGACGUGUGGAGCCUGGGCGUCAUGCUCUACACGCUCCUGGUGGGCCGCUACCCCUUCCAUGACUCGGACCCCAGCGUGCUGUUCUCCAAAAUCCGCAGGGGCCAGUACUGCCUGCCGGACACCCUCUCCCCGAAGGCCAAAUGCCUGAUCCGCAGCCUGCUGAGGAGAGAGCCCUGGGAGAGGCUCACGGCCGCCGAGAUACUCAUCCACCCAUGGUUCCAUGGUGCACAGGAAACAGGAAGUGGGGACCUGGAGGCGGGCUCUACUGACCAGACUGUACCCACAUCCUGCCUGGAGAAUAAUGAAUCUCUGUUCUGCUGAAAGAUUCUGGGCCCCCGCGAAAGUGGACUGAAACAGUUUCACUGCUGUUUUUUUGUCACGUACUGUAAUGUUCUGACUCACCAAACUGUGCCGUCUUGUCUUUCUGUCAAGCACGGAAUCGUGUGGCCGCGAGGUGAUUCGAAAGUUAAUGUGUUCGACUUCUUGUUCCGCUGUCACCUCGUGGGCCCAUUGUGUUAACAGUUUGGCAGAUGUGAACAUUUCUCCCACGCAUUUUUUUUUAAACACAGGAACUUCACAAAAACAAUGUCAACUUGGGAAAUGGACUGGGGUCCAGAGUGGUAGCAAACCUGAAAACCUCAAGACCAGAGGGUCAUCUGAAUCUGAAGCACAGCGAAUGAAGAUAAGAGAAAUGAAAGCCACACUUGAAGCUGCACCCACGCGAGACCGCAAGCGCUGUCCAACCGGACGCAGGCACUGACCGACAUCUAAAAAACUAUGGGGGCCUGUCCCAGUUCGAGGCAGGGAAAGAGAGAGAGAUAGCGAGAGACAGAGAGAGAGAGUGACAGAGAGGGGACAUGCACCCACGCACACAAGAUGUCCUAUAUUGGGACCACCCAGGCGAAUGGCUGUCCUAUUUGCUCAGACUAAAUCAUCUUCAGUUUCCAGCUGGGGCUUGAAUGGCCGUCUGCAGCUGGGGUCUGUCAUUUCAGCCUCUGACCUUUGAAGUACCUAGCAGCUUCUGCUGAUGGCACACCCGGCUCGGCCAGCCCUGGCAAAAUGCAGCAGAGACGAGGCCAGUCUCAGAGUCAAGGGAGGGAGGGAGGAUCUCUGACAAGCUCUGCGCAUGCCCCCCCUCCCCCACCCCUGAUAAAGCUGUCUGUUCUACUCCACGCUGUCCGAGGACGCAUCUGCGUCCUCCUUUCCCUGUAUUUAUUUCUUUGUCUGAUUUUUGUGUUCCGCCAAGCUUUGUUGUGCCUUCAUUGUGUUCUCUGUCUGCCUUGAGAAACUGAUACAGAAUUGGG